CUCUUCUCUUAGACGACGAUCUAAAAAUGUUGAGAGUACCAGCAGUGCGUGUUGCAGGCAGACGCUUCGUACAGCCAUCCAAGGUUGUUUCUAGAGGUUUGGCUACCCGUUCAAUCGUUAAUGGAAUGAGCCGCAUGAACCUUCGUUCAGCUAUCGCUCCAGUUGCAUUAACCCGCGCUGGUACCACCGCUGCAGGACGCUUCUACGCUACUUUCCAACGUGACAAACCACACUUAAACGUUGGUACUAUUGGUCAUGUUGAUCACGGAAAGACUACCCUCACUGCUGCUAUCACCAAGCACCUCUCUGAGAAGUCUGGAAAGGGUCAAUUUUUGGACUACAACCAAAUUGAUAAGGCACCAGAAGAGAAGGCAAGAGGUAUUACCAUCUCAACUGCCCACGUCGAAUACGAGACCGGUAACAGACACUAUGCACACGUCGAUUGUCCAGGUCACGCUGAUUACAUUAAGAACAUGAUUACAGGUGCUGCACAAAUGGACGGUGCGAUUAUCGUUGUUUCAGCUGCUGAUGGUCAAAUGCCACAAACCAGAGAACACUUGUUGCUUGCUAAGCAAGUCGGUGUCAAGAAGCUCGUCGUCUACAUCAACAAGGUUGACCAAGUUGACGACCCAGAAAUGUUGGAACUCGUCGAUAUGGAAAUCCGUGACUUGCUCAGCUCAUACGGAUAUGACGGUGAGAACACCCCAAUCGUCAAGGGUUCUGCUUUGGCUGCACUCGAAGGCCGUGACCCAGAGAUCGGCACUAAGUCCAUCGAUGAGCUCAUGGAGGCUACAGACAGCUGGUUAGAUGUCCCAGAGAGAGAUCUCAACAAGCCUUUCCUCAUGCCUAUCGAGGACACCUUCUCUAUCUCAGGUAGAGGUACCGUCGUUACCGGUAGAGUCGAAAGAGGUACCAUCAAGAAGGGUGACGAAGUACAAAUCCUCGGUCUUGGCAACUCAUUCAAGACAACCCUCACUGGUAUUGAAUCAUUCCACAGAGAAUUAGACCGUGGUGAGUCUGGUGACAACAUGGGUGCCCUCCUCAGAGGUGUCAAGAGAGAGCAAAUCAGAAGAGGUCAAGUUAUCGCCGCUGUUGACUCCAUAAAGAGCUACAAGAAGUUCAAGGCUCAACUUUACAUCCUCACAAAGGAAGAAGGUGGUCGUCACUCUCCAUUCUUCGAAAACUACCGUCCACAAUUAUUUAUCAGAACUUCAGACGUUACUGUCUCCCUUACUUUCCCAGAAGGCACUGCUGAAUCUGGUGAAAAGAUGGUCAUGCCAGGUGACAAUGUCGAAAUGGUCGGUGAUUUGGUACACGACAUUCCAUUAGAAUCUGGUAGCAGAUUCACUUUGAGAGAAUCUUCAAAGACUAUCGGUACUGGUAUUGUCACUGAAGUCUUCUAGGAGUUUUCUUUUCUUUCUAUUCCAUCCGAACUCAAUUUGUUAAUAAAAUGUUUAAAAUUCACAACUCAUUUAAGACUAAUUCGGUAAGCAAUUGAUGGGAUUAUUUACAAUUAUUUGGCACUAUGAUUUGCUUAUUUGCAACACUUUCUUGGAUAGCGUCGAAAGUCUCAUCAGUGAUUCUGAGAUGUUGCUGGAUAGUGUAUCUUGGUGUGGCAGUGACAAAUUGGCCAAAUUCAAAGUCAUUAUAUUUGCUAGUCUUAAAUGCGGCCAAGAAUUCACAUGGUUCUUCACUGACACACUCUAAAUAAUGAAGGUUAUUCGCUUCUAUGUAACCGACGUCCAUUGCAUUGAAGUCGUAAGUACGACUAUUACCAUUACCAGCAUAGAUGGUUGCUCUGAGGGUACCGCUGAUGAUGAAGUCCCACUCAGCUGUUUCAUGCCAGUGGAGGGUUCUCAAACUACCACUGUCCAAUUGUAUUUGGGCGACUGUGAUAUCGAGCGAAGGUGCGUUAAAGUUAGAGCUAUCUACAAUCCUGACUCUUCCACCAUCGUAUUCAUCCCAAGGCAUCUGGGAUAGUGGGAAAAGGAGCGUCUGGUUUUCCAUCAUACCGAAAGGAUUAUUGAUAGAUUUUUUCUGUUCCUCGAAUGAAGGGAUCGGCAUUUCUCCUCUGAAUAUGUACAGCUGCUGUGCUGGAAUGUUGUCGAAAUCCGUGGCGUCUUUCGCAAGGCCGAAGUUUUUGUUUAUGACGGAUUUUGGUAUACGUGAGAGGGCUUCAGCUGACAAAAACGUACUGUUCUCAUCAAACUCCCCGCUGUCGAAGAUGAGUAAGAACUCAGCACCAUCUUCUAAAGCCUGAAUCGAAUGGAUGUAGCUGCUUGGGAAGAACCAAACGUCACCUGGUCCCAACUCACCCAUGAAGGUCUGACCAUCUGGGUUGAUAGCAGAAAUGAUUACUCUACCUGAGAACAUAUACGCCCACUCGCUUUGUUCAUGCCAGUGACUCUCUCUGAAUGCACCAGGUUCGAGUUUCAUGUCGACACCCGCGAUGUCGACUGCAACAGGGAGGUCUUUCACAGUCUGCUGGCGUGCGUAACCCCCAAUCGCGAGGCGGUUGUAGCUGUCAGACAUAUGCCAUCUUGGGUUCUCAAUGCUACCAAAAUCAACUGUUGGUGGCGCGAGUGUAUCCGGUGACUGUCUAUCCAUCAUCACAUUUUCAUUCACGGUGUAGUCCGAUCCCAAUUCAUAGCGAUAUGGACGAGGGAUGUAGCUGUCAUUCAUAAAGACUUCGUAAUCAAAGUCAUUGUAAUGCUUUGUCGCAGCUUUGCCAAUGUUGCCUCCCCAGUUACCUGGCUCCGGAUCUGCCAAGUCUAUUGUACCGUUAGACUGGGCAUAUGUCCCAGCCAAGAGCGCGAAGUAUAC